UUCAUCACUAACAGGAGGCGGCGAUGCAGCGAGGCUAUCUACACCUGAGCCACCUUUUAGUGUGGCUGCUUUUUGCACAAACAUGUGCGGAUUUGCCUAUGUGCAAAGAGUCAGACUAUCACUUUGAGUACACAGAGUGUGACGUGCUCGGGUCACGCUGGAGGGUGGCGGUUCCAAACAAAGCCGAGACAUGCACAGGACUCCCAGACCCUGUCAAAGGCACCCAGUGUACCUUCUCCUGUAGUGAGGGGGAGUACCUGGACAUGCAGUCACAGCAGUGUAAAAAGUGUGCAGCAGGUACCUACUCUCUUGGCACAGGUGUGGCCUUUGAUGAAUGGGACAGCCUGCCGCCUGGUUUUGUUACCCAUGGGACGAACACGAAUGGCGGCAACAGCCACACUAACUGCUCCAACUCAACCUGGACAUCAAAGGAUGAUUACAUCGCCUCGAACACAGACGAGUGCAGUGCAACGCUGUCCUACGCUGUGAGCCUGAAGAAACCAGGAAGUGUGUACUUUGAGUAUUUCUACCCUGACAACAGCAUUUACUUUGAGUUCUACAUUCAGAACGACCAGUGUCAGUCUACAGACUCUGACAGCCGGUGGAUGAGCGUCUCUGAGAGUGAAUGGAGCAGCUACAGGGUUGAGCUGAGCAGCGGUAACAAUGUGCUGUAUUGGCGAACCACAUCAUACAGUCUGCUGGACAGUGCUGUAAAACCAGUGUUGUUAAGAAACAUUUCCAUCUCAGGGGUGGCCUACACAUCAGAGUGUUUCCAUUGUAAACCUGGCACCCACAGUGCUAAUGCUGGAUCUGCCCGCUGUACUCCGUGUCCUGCUGAAACCUACUCAAACAAAGGUGCCGCUACCUGCUAUCAGUGUGGAAACGACACAUAUUCCGAGGCUGGUUCAGGGAUCUGCAAACCGCGACCAGCAUGUACAAACAGCGACUACUUCUACACCCACACUCCCUGUGACUCUGAGGGGAAGACUCAGCUCAUGUACAAAUGGAUCGAGCCGAAGAUCUGCAGUGAGACUGUUGAAGGAGCAGUGCAGCUGCCGGCAUCAGGGGAGAAGAAAACCUGUCCUCCAUGUAACCCGGGAUUCUUUGUCACCAACUCUUCGACAUGUGAACCCUGCACUAACGGUCUCUACUCAAACGGAACAGUCUGUACAGAGUGCCCUGUCGGCACGGAGCCAGUGGUGGGUUUGGAGUACAAAUGGUGGAAUACGAUGCCGAACAACAUGAAGAGCUCCAUCUACAAUUUGGGGUUCAGUGAACGCAACACGGCUUGGGAGGUUGCCGGAGAGUACAUCUACACCAAGCCUGGGAAUGAUGACCGGGACUACCUGACGCUCACACUCCGUGUCCCUGGUUACAGGCUGCCUCAGUCCGUGGCCAAGGAUGGGGAAAUGAUUGAACUGUCACGCAUUACCUUCGUUUUUGAGACAAUGUGCUCAGCAGACUGUACAUUCUCCUUCAUGGUGCGUUAUAACGAGUGGAGAAAUGAUUUGGUGGAGCAUUGGAAAGGCAGCAACAGGAAACAGUCGUACUCUUACCUGAUCCACAGAAACAACACCAACAGCUUCAUGUGGACUUUUCAAAGAACAGAAGACUAUAACUCGGAGAGGAAAUACAGCGCUGAUUUUGCCAAGAUCUACCUCAUUCACAUCACUAAUGUGAUUGGAGGUGUGGCCUCUCAGUGUCGCCGCUGUGCCCUGAUGUCUGCGCAGGCUGGAUCCUCCUGCGUCCCCUGCCCACAGGGACACUACAUGGUCAGUGCGACAGGAACGUGUAGGAGCUGCCCACCAAACACCAUCAUCAAGGCCAACCAGGCUGUGGGAGAGGCUGCGUGUGUUCAGUGUGGACCAAACACAAAGCCAAACAAGGCCCACAUCGCCUGUCUCAGUGACUGUGCGUUGAACGUGCAGACAAAAUCAGGAGCCCGUCUGUACUACGACUUCUCUCCUCUGGCCAACGUAACCGGAUUCCACAGCAGUCCCCGCUUCACCAGCAGAGGCCUCCGAUAUUUCCAUCACUUUAAUUUGAAACUGUGUGGGAACGAGGGUACAGCGUUAGCUACAUGUGUGGAUAAUGUAACAGAAAGAGGGAGAGAAGUCAAAGGAUUUAUCUGUCAGUCCACUGUGUUUCCCUCUGACAUCCGGAGUCAGAGUGUUGUGUCCUCACAGCCUUUCCUCAUUGGUGACUCGCUUAUUGGUGUGGCCACGGACACAUCACUGAAUGGCAUCUCCUCUCCAAAGUGGCUGUUUCCUUCUGCCUCCACCCUGCCAGAUGUCAUCUUUUAUUACAGGUCCAGUGAAACAACUCAGGCUUGUAAACAGGGCAGGUCUGCCACUGUCAGACUCAGAUGCAAUCCCACAGUGACCGCUGAAGACCUCAUCACUCUGCCGAGUAACUGUUCAGAGGGGACUUGUGAUGGUUGUACUUUCCACUUUCUGUGGGAGAGCCGGCAUGCAUGUCCACUCUGCACCAGAAACCACUACAGAGAGAUUGUCAGCGCCUGCGUUCAGGGGAUACAGAAAACCACGUACGUGUGGCAGCAGCCUUUGCAGUGUUACGGAGGAGAGUCACUACCAGCACAAAAAGUCAGUGCCUGUGUGACUCUGGAUUUCUGGCUAAAGUUUGGUGUUUCCACUGGAACAAUUGCUGCUGUGCUGCUCAUUAGUGUCAGCUGCUAUUUCUGGAAGAAGACACGCAAGUUGCAGUUUAAGUACUCCAAGCUGAUGAUGACCUCUGGGGGUAAAGAGUGUGAGUUGCCCACUGCAGACAGCUGUGCAAUAAUGGAGGGAGAGGACGCAGAGGACGACAUAAUGUACCUCAACAAGAAGUCCUUCUUUAACAAAAUAAAGUCCUACUCACGAGAGAGGACAUCAGAUGGAUUCGACUCAGUCCCACUGAAGUCCUCUUCACUCAGGCAACGAGAAGAGGAAGACUCUGAUGAUGAUUAAUUCAGAGGGGGAACGAAUCCAACACCAAAGUGCAAAAGUGUUUAAAAUACCGCUGCAGCUCCAACAGAUGGAGUCGCAGAAAACAGCAAUUUGCUUUUCAUUUUCAUUUUAUUUAUUAGCAAAGUUAAAGGAUUACUAAGGAGGUUUACAAAUAAUGUAAGGAGUGACAAUUUUAUUUUGUAUUGUUUGUCUUUUACCAAACCUUAAAUUGCAUUACAAAGUCUCCAUAUUGGUGAUAUUUGGUAUUUUCAAGGCUUGAUGUUGUAUUUCAAUCUCAUGAGAACCACCGUGUUACAUCACUGUUAGCAUGUUUUUAACUUUUGCUGUUUUUUCUUUUAUCUUUUUCUUUUUUUCAGACUGCCUUUUUGAAUCAAGCCUGCUAUUAAAUGUUAUCAUUUUAAUUCACUAUUUUAAGGUCAAAUUGCUUAACGUUUUGAUAUCCUUAACUGCUGCACAUUUUAUGAUAUGUUUAUUUACGUAGAAGAAUUGAUAUUUUAUGAUAUAAUCGUGCUUUGUUUGAGGUAAAGUCAUUUUUCUAACAUUAAAGAAUGACCUCUAUUGCUGCCCACAGGUACUCUUUAGGAGGUUACAUCACAGAGCAUGUAAAACAUUGUUUUUUUAUAUCUUUACAUUUUAUAUGUUGUAAUACUUUUAAGUUUCUACUUACAGUUUUAGAAGUGUUUUGGUCUGCUUUUGAUUGAAAAAAUAGCUUACUGUCAAAAAAAUAUUUAGAAAUAACUUUUCAAGAAAUACAGAGUAUGAUUUUCUCUUUGAACUGUUUUAUUAAAGACUGCUUAAUAAUAUACUUUUCAUGUAGUUAAAAAAGUACGACAGAAAUAUGAUAAGAAGAAAAACGUGUCUCUUUCAUGCAAUCGUUAACGGAAGAAUAAAAGUAUUUAUCCAUACCACAAA